CAGAGCAGAAGCUGUACCUGACCUGGGCGUCUUAGAAGGCUGGGCUUGAGGUGAAGAGGGAAAAAGAGAAAAGGGAGAGACCUGGAACAAAAUACCCCUUGACAGCUGCUCUUGGUUUGGGGAGGUCUAGAAACCCUUCUAACGGAAGCCCAUUCUUUCUGGGAAGAUGGACCUUGCAUUCUUCCUGCCCUUUGUCCUCCUGGGAAGCCUCUAAUCCUUGUUGGUCAGGGCACUGCCCUGCAUGGAACUUGGAUUCCCUUGUUUUCCACUCCAUUUGUGCGCCAUUGGGCUGGACUGUUACUGGGGUCUGGUGCUCUGAUAUGGCCAUUUGCUUGGAAAUCGCAGCCUGUAGUUUUUCUGGGCUCCUGCUCUCUCCAUCUCACUAUCUCAGUCUCUCUCCCGUCUCUUCCCUUCCCCCCAUCCUCUCUCCCUCCCUCCUUCCUUUUUUUUCCCCAAGCCAGGUAUGAUGAUGUCAAACAUGAUGCUGAUGCUACAGUUACAGACACAGCCCCUCCUGGCGCAGCCUCUCUGAUUCUCUUUGCCUUUCUGCUUCCAGCUCUGGGGGUUUUCAGACAAGUGCAUCUCCUAAUCAGGUCACAUUUCAUCUAGGACCCACCAUCCAUCUCUUCCCCCAAUCAUUGCAGUGGCGGAGGAGGAGAGAAGACUUUGGGCUGUUUGUGGUGGAAGGAAAUUAAGGUAAAGAAAUUAAAAACAAACAAAAAUAAACAAAAGACUAAGCAAGCCCAAUCCAGAUCAAAGAUGAGCACUGGGGGCUUCGGGCUGCGGCGGCGGCUGCUGCUGCUGCUGCCCCUUCUGCUCAUUGCUGCCCCUGCACCCGGCUCGGCUGAAGGGGAUUCUAAGGGGGUCAAGGAUGGCGAGACCCCUGGCAAUUUCAUGGAGGAUGAGCAAUGGCUGUCGUCCAUCUCCCAGUACAGCGGCAAAAUCAAGCACUGGAACCGCUUCCGAGACGAUGACUACAUCAAGAGCUGGGAGGACAGUCAGCAAGGAGAUGAAGCUUUGGACACCACCAAGGAUCCCUGCCAGAAGGUGAAAUGCAGCCGACACAAAGUGUGCAUCGCCCAGGGCUACCAGAGGGCCAUGUGUAUCAGCCGCAAGAAACUGGAACACAGGAUCAAGCAGCCUGCCCUGAAGCUUCACGAAAACAAAGAGGGCUUUUGUAAACCGUGUCACAUGACGCAGCUUGCCUCGGUCUGUGGCUCUGAUGGACACACUUACAGCUCCAUGUGUAAACUGGAACAGCAGGCCUGCCUGACCAGCAAGCAGCUGACUGUGAAGUGUGAAGGCCAGUGUCCCUGCCCCACGGAACAGGCCCCGGCUUCCACCACAGACACGAAACAAGAAACCUGCACGGGGCAGGACCUGGCGGAUUUGGGGGACCGUCUGCGGGACUGGUUCCAGCUCCUUCAUGAGAACUCCAAGCAGAAUGGCACAGCCAACACGGGAGCGAACCCGGCCAGCGGGCUGGACAAGAGCCUGGGGGCCAGCUGUAAGGACUCCAUCGGCUGGAUGUUCUCCAAGCUGGAUACUAGCAACGACCUGUUCCUGGACCAGUCCGAGCUGGCCGCCAUCAACCUGGACAAGUAUGAGAUCUGCAUCCGCCCCUUCUUCAACUCCUGCGACACCUACAAGGACGGCCGCGUCUCCACUGCCGAGUGGUGUUUCUGCUUCUGGAGGGAGAAACCCCCCUGCCUGGCUGAACUGGAGAGGAUUCAGAUCCAGGAGGCGGCCAAAAAGAAGCCUGGCAUCUUCAUCCCCAGCUGUGAUGAGGACGGCUACUACCGGAAGAUGCAGUGUGACCAGGGCAGCGGCGACUGCUGGUGCGUGGACCAGGUGGGCCAGGAGCUGACCGGAACCCGGCUGCACGGGAGCCCAGACUGUGAUGACAUCGUCGGCUUCUCGGGGGACUUCGGGAGCGGCGUCGGCUGGGAGGACGAGGAGGAGAAGGAGACGGAGGAGGCGGGAGAAGAAGCGGAGGAGGAAGAGGGCGAGGCUGGAGAGGCGGACGACGGAGGCUACAUCUGGUAGAAGCCAGGGAGGGAGGCUGGGGGCGCCGGGGGGCAGACAGCGGGGAGGCAGGAAGCAGCGAGCUGGGCGGAAACGGGGCGGCUUAUUGAGUUAUCAGGAAAACACAGUCGAAUGUAACUAGACUCCAGUGGGGAAGAGCGAGUGUGUGAGCGUGUGGCACGUGUGUGUGGAGUGGCUGACGGCUGCGACACGUGAGCGUGUGACCUGCCGCUGUGGGCGGGUCAUUGAAUGAGGCCCCUCCUGGCAAACGGAACCACCCAAAGUCACCUCCAGCCUUCAUUUAGUUCUCUUUUUUUUAAACUCGAAAUUCAAAAUGGACGCCAUGUGAUCCCUUUCCCCCUCCGUACCCUGCCAUGCCUCCCCCCGCCCCCCUUCCCUGUGAUUGCUGUUUGGACUCGGUGUUGCGUUCUUCCCGCUACCUUCUGGCGCUCCUGACGGCCACUCGUGCCGGCCCCACGCCCGCGCCUCGUGGGCUCAAGCACCAAGACGGAGCGGGCGAGGGGUCCUCCCCAAAGACCUGGGCCGGGACUCUUGGGCUUUUUGGUCGUGAAACCGGCCACCUCGGUGGGACUAGCUCAGAGAGGAGGAGGAAGCCGUCCCACCGCGAGUGAGCCUGCCGCCGCCUGGAUCCUGCCCAGCCUCCUUCGAGCGUGGGGUGUGGGAGGGCUGGGGGGGGGGGGGUGCCGGGAGGGGCCCGAGGCAGGACGGGUAGGAUCGGUGUGAAGAGGAGGCCUGGCUCUGACAAAGCUGUGACCAAAGUAUCUGGAUGGCCGCCCAGCUCCCGCCUCCUUGUCCCUCGGACCAGGGGCUUCUCAGUAGGUAGAGCUGCAAGGCCGAGGCCCUGGCGGUCUGGGUGGGAGACGUAGGCUCAGGACCUUCCUGGGCGGCAGCAUGGCCAGCGAUCUCCCCCGAGGCUCGGCCGGGGUGUGAAGCCGCUGCGCUCUUUGGGGAUCCUGGGGGUGGCCGUUCCAUCUACCUUCCCCUCCCGGUUCCUGUCCAAGAGCCCAGAUCCAGGGACUUGUUGGCCCCGCAAAGUGGCAUUGCGGGGGACAGAAAGGAAAAUCCCUGGAACACGCCUCCGUCUCUUCCUGGCCCUCUACCAACAUCUCCCCUCCGUUCCUGGACCCCCACGUCCGAUGUCCGAGAUGACUAGAUGAGCCUGGGGUGGGUGAUGGAGGCUAGGGGGGCACUUCCCUGGCCUGCUUCCUCUGGGCGUCUGUCUGUCCUCCUUCCCAUCGGUCCAUCCGUUCCACAAGCCCAGAAUAAACACCUGCGUUGGCCGGCACCGCUCUAGGCAAGACUUUAGCUGAGUUGGGGAGUUCUGGACAGAUCAUCUCCAGUAGAGACAAGGAAAUAGGAAGUGCUUCUGGGUGGGGGGCUGCCACUUGGUCCGAAGGAAGCCCAGGACUCUGGGAGAGGAGCUUGGGAGGCAGCGCGGUUCAGAGGGGGAGGCCGCCGGGGCAGAGGCUCUGGAGGGGGCCAGUGGCCGAGGUCAGGCUAGUUCCCUGCUCCUGGCUCCGUCCCCCGGGCUGCCGCUAGCUGCAGCGGUUCUGACGGGAGUAGCGAAGGGCUGGGGGUCUUCCUGCUGACCGCUUUGGGUUCUUGGGUGUUUGGGCGCAUGGAGGGUGGGGAGAAGGAGAGAGAGCUGGCGUCCGGGGAGAAGAACUCUGGGCUGCCCAGCCGGCCGGGACCAGCCACAUCCUGCUGGCUGGGGAAGGUCCAGAUCCCUGACCCCCCUCCAGGGUGGGAGGGGGUGGCCAGGCCUCUCGAGCUUCCCCACUGUUAGGUUCCCGGGUAUGGGAAGGAGUUUUCUAUGGGAAAAACAUCUGCCUGCUCACGGCCUCACCCUCCUGACGCCCGGCGCAUGCAGAGCCUGUGUGUGUGUCGGAGGGUAGUGGGUGGCAUCUGUGAGCGCGUGCGUGCUUGGGUGUGUGCGUGCGUGGGUGUGUGCGCGGGACACAGGAGGGAGCGGGGGUGGGAGAGAGGGGACGUCUCUGGGCCGCCGACCUGUGACUUUCCCUCCCGGGCCCAUCACUGGGGCCGAGCUCAGCGUGGAAGGACCCUCCCUGCCACCCCCGCCCGUCUUCCCCCUGAAGUACCCCACAUGACCCUCUUCAGGAGGAGCAAGCUCCGAAAGGCAGUCCGCCCAGCCCACUGCUUGGAGAAGCGCACCCUAGUUCAGCUCUAGUAACAAGCCGUCUUGCUGCUCUGAAUCCUCCAGCUCCCUCCUCCUCUCUCCGGCCCUUUCUCCCCUCCACCGUCCCGAGAGCUCCACUGUGCGGCCCAGAGAGCUUCUGGUGUCUUCAGAGUCGGAAUACCCCCCCCCACCACCACCACACCCCCCAACAUGGCCUUCCCUCUUGACUGCUUUCAUCCUCAGCCCUUGUUCUGCUUGCUGGGAGGGAGGGAGUCGAGGGGGCCAGAAGGCCUGUGUCCCCCCCUCGCUGUUCCCCUCCUCCCUUCGGAGGAGGCUUGUGCUCUCUGUGUCUGCUUGUCUGGGUCUCUCCGGCUGUGCACGUUUAGAUAACCUUGUACAUAUGUUUUAGGAAGCAAAAGGCACCCGAUGGGGCCCUGGGAGUCUCCCAGAUGUCCUGCUCCCUCCUCUCUGAGGUCCUGCCACGGGCCUCCCUUCUGAUUCUCCCUGAGCUCCCCGCUAGAAACCGCUGACCUCUUCUUCCCUGCCCUGGGCUCGGAGUUGGGGACCCCUGCAGGGCCUGCCGUGCUUGAGAAGGCUUCCGGCUUCCGCUUUCCUUCCCCGAGAGCUGGGGAGCCCGGGCUGAAAGGGUGCGGGCCUUGGUCUUGGCCCCCCAGCUCCGGGGCCGCUUCUCUGUCCCCCUUGCUGCGCCUGGCUCUCCCCACCUCAGCGACAAAGCUGCCGGGGCUCUGAGCAAGGUCAGCCUCCCUGGGGAGAGGCCACGAGGGCACAAAGAAGUUCCGAGAGAGGAGGCUGGAGCCCAGGCAGCCACGGACGGACGGGACAGCUUGGGGAAAGUGUCUUUAGGCCCCAGAUGCCCGGGAGGUCGGGAUAAGGCCGGGGUGGGGGCAUUGGGAGGAAGAAGGGAAGAAGACGCCCUCAUCCCACCCCAGGAGGAGCAGGAAAAGCCUCUCCCCGCUCCCUUUUCUGUCCAGGGGCAGCGUGGCUGGAGAGCCCGGAGGAGGGAGGGGCGGGUGACUGACCCGUGCGCCCCUCCUUUCCCCAGACCAUGGAUCAGGUCUUUAAGGUGGUUGUGAAGAUUCUUCCGCACACCCGAGUCCUAGGCCCUGGGACUGGCUGCCGGAUCUCCCCUGGGGAGGCCCUGGCGGGGUUGGGGCAUCUGGAAAGACCUGGAUGGGAUAUUUUUCCACAAGGGGUCCAGGAUGGGGAGGGUCAGCGGUGCAAAGUCUCUACCAGCGUCCGAGAGGAGUGGAAUGCUUUUAGCCUGAAACAUAUUCAAACAGUCCUAUGUGCAAUAACUGAAUUUAGAGUAAAGAAUUGUGUUCCAGUGCUUGGAUUUCAGUCUGUAUAUUUAAGUGCUAACACUGUAUAGCUCAGUAAUUUUAGAUGUUUUUACAAAAAUCACAAAAAAGAACCAAGUGUUAGAAUGUGUGUGUGUAUUGAGUGGGCACUGAAGCAUCCGGCGGAUCAGCUUUCCAGAGCCCCCCUUCCUUCCCUGGCUCCCUCUCUCCCUCCUUGUGGACCCCCACUUCCCCUCGGGAACACAGCCUUGUGUUGUCUAUAUCUGCCUAAUACUUAAGAAGCUAAGGAAACAAGUACAUACACAUACAUAUAAGGAAAUAAGAUGUUAUUUUUAAGAAAAUGAAAAUAAAAACUUUAUAAACGCUA